GCGCCGUCCAGGAAAUUAUGCUCUCGGUGGGCAAUCGCGUCGCAAAGAAGCAAAAUGGCGUCCACCGAGCAGGUUGGAUUGAAUAAAAAUUGGGAAUUGUCGCUCUACGAGCUCCACAGACAGUCCCAAGAGCCGAUUAUUGAUAAUACGGAGAUUGCAGUUAGUCCGCGGAGUUUGCACAGUGAAUUAAUGUGCCCGAUAUGUCUGGAUAUGCUCAAGAAAACAAUGACCACCAAGGAGUGUCUACAUCGCUUCUGCUCGGAUUGUAUUAUCACGGCACUGCGGAGUGGAAACAAGGAAUGUCCAACCUGCAGGAAAAAGCUCGUAUCAAAACGCUCCCUCCGACCAGAUCCCAACUUCGACCUGCUGAUAUCCAAGAUCUACCCGAGUCGUGACGAGUAUGAGGCACAUCAGGAGCGAGUCCUCGCCAAAUUGAAUAAAUCCCACUCGCAAGCAGCUCUAGUUAACUCAAUCACUGAGGGAAUUAAACUCCAGAGUCAGAACAGGCCUCAGAGGUCGAGGAAAAAUGCCAAUGAACCGGAGAAUACCAGUAAUGUUCCUUCGUACAAUAACACACCCAAUGUCAGUGCUCCAGCGACACCCAAUCCAGCAGCUAAUGUUGCCAAUCAGAGCGACUCGUCGCAGGGUCCAACCGCUCUCAAUAGUGGAGCUAAUAAUUCAGGGUCACAGAACUCCAACAGUGUGUCACAACCAGCCAGCAGUCCAGCCAUUUCAGGGACAACAUCUAGAAACUCAACGACACCAUCACCAAACCCAGCGAAUCAGAUACCCAAGCCCCCAAAGCGACAGAAGAGCUUGCAAAAUUCGGAGAAUGACUCGUCGAGUGCUGAAGCUGAGACUGGAGGUGGUGAUUCGAUGGUGGAUACUGAGGGCGAGGGCCCAAGUGAGCCCUCAACUCUGGACGAAAUAGAGCUCGUGUUCAAGCCACAUCCCACUGAAAUGGCUGGGGAUAACUCACUCAUCAAGGCGUUCAGGGAGAACAGUGUCAGAUAUAUCAAGACCACUGCUAAUGCAACAGUCGAUCACCUGAGUAAGUACCUUGCGAUGCGACUGACCCUCGACCCAGACACGGAUUUAUCAGAAUCCGAUCGACUCCUGAACUUCUGCAUUUACAUCGCGCCAUCCCCAGGACAAUACGUCGUCCUGAGUGGUUCCCAAACUUUGAGACAAGUGAACGACAAAUUCUGGCGUGUCAACAGACCUCUCGAGAUCUUCUACUCGUGGAAGAAGACCUAGGGAAGGCCUCAGCCACCACCGGAUAUCGGCUAGUCACAUCAUGCUCCGGGUUAAAUCAUUCUAAAUAAAUUUUAUCAUUUCGUUGUGGAGGUGUGGAACGAUUUUUGUGGAGAGCGAGAUCAAUCAAAAAUCGCUGAGACGUUUGGAGAUUUUUUUUCUGGGAAAAAAAUGAUCUUCCUUUCUGUGGGAAAUGAAGAGAGACUUGUGUUCAUCAGUGCUGAUGGUGCAAUUGCGGAUAAUUCAGUGAUUUUGGUGAUGAUUUUGAUUCAGUUGUGGAAUUAAGGCGACUCUGGUCUUUGGAAUUUGUAAAUGAAGUUCAAUUAGUUCUUAAAAACCUCAGAAUUUGAAGAUGUGAUUCUUUUGUGAAGAACUGUUAACGUGAAUAUCGUCUUGUAGAGAAUUUUGAGGGCUUCGAGAGAGAUCUUCAUGAAAAAUUCGAAAAUCUCCACUGCAGUGCGGGUUAUUUAACGUUAAAACCGAAUCCUAAAGUUGAGUUUAUCCCUAGGAUUCAGAGACAUUCCUCAAAACUCUGGUGUUAUUUGAUUUUUCUUGUGUUGUCACUACACUAUUGAAUUCAUUCUCACUCUUUAUCGAUGAUAAGACGAACUGUAAAUAGAAUCUAGGUAUCAUGUUGAGAAUAAAGGAGGAAGUGUGGAUAAUAAAUGGGAGAUAGAACAUGAAGGACCGAAGCAAUCAACUGUCUACGACUGAAGCGGAUUCAAAGGGGCGAGUAACUGAAAAAAAUUGUAAAUCAAUUGGGGAAUUUAUUUAAUUUUCCGUUCUGUCGAUACAGUAUAUUUUAUAUCUACAUGUAGAGAGAAAUAAACAAGGUAUUGUGCUCGAGAAA